ACCACACUCAAACACACACACACACAUCCACACCCCUAUCUCCCCACAAACAACCAACGCUAAAAAAACGAACAUGUCUUUCCUCAUCGCACCUAGCCAAUGGGAUGACUUUGAGCAACUCUUCGACAAGCUGGUCACGGACCGCUACGGCCCCCCAUCUUCGGACCGGGCCAAAGGGAUGAAUGACUCGAAGGCGCUCGGCAGUACGGGCUCCCAUAUGGUGAGCAGGAUCCAGCGUCCCAAGAUGGAUGUCGUAGAGACCGACGGCUCCAUCGUCGUCACCACCGAGUUGCCUGGCGCUAAGAAAGAGGACAUCUCCAUCGACCUCCAGAACGGCCGUUUGUCUAUCAGCGGCCACACCAAAGCCUCGAGCGAGCAUUCCGAGGGCAGCGUCAGAGUUUCCGAGAGAUCAUUCGGCUCCUUCAGCCGCUCCAUCGCCGUCCCACCCGGCCUCACCCACGACCAGGUCAAGGCGGGCUUCAAGGACGGCGUCCUCCAAGUCACUAUCCCCAAGACCGUCCCUAACAAGGAAUCACACAACAUCCCAAUCGCUUAGACUUUUCCGCCAUCUUCCCAUCUCUUUCUUCCGCAAAUAAACAACCUCAUUUUUACUUGCCUUCUCAAUUCUCACUUCAUCAUAUUUUUUGUUGUAUAUUUCUGUCCAAUUGUUUCUUGUUUGAGUAUCGUUGUGCGCUCUUGAAUCUACACAUUUUCUCAUGAAUAAAAAUCUCAGGAUUCAUGACUCUA